AUGGAAUCCGUGGAAAGGAAAUUGAAGGAAUUUGGCAAGGCUGAAACGAAGAACCUCAUGUCUAGGCUAGCUAAUACGAAGUAUAAAGGAGGCAGCGUAAGAGAACAUCUCAUGGGACUAAUGGAUAUUGCUGCCAAAUUGAACAGGUUGAAAGAGGAUUGGACAAUGGAUGACUUGAUUACAAUUGUUGUUCUUGAGGAGAAUAGGACAAAUGCUUAUGGUGGUGUGGUUAACGUGCAGAGUCAGUCUCAAAAGAAUAACCCUCUUGACGUGAUCCCUACCACUGAAUUCAAGUGCUAUUUUUGCCAGAAGGAAGGUCACAUUAAGAAGAACUGCAAAAAUUACAAGAAGUGGUUCGAGAAGAACAAGAACAAAGAUACGGGUGCCUCGAUUCAUAUAGCUCAUAAUGUGCAGGAAUUCACAAGAAGGAGGGAACCAAGAAAGCAUGAAGUUAAAGUGUUUGUGGGGAAUGGAGAAUUAUCAAGACUUGGUUUUGUUUUUCAAUUCAAUAAAGAUUGCUUUGCAUUAUCUCAGAAUUCAAAUGUUCUUGCUAGUGGUUUUCUCUCAAAUGGAUUAUACUGUCUCAAUUACAAUAAAGAGGGUGAAGUUGUAAUGGCUGAAUCGAGUGAGGAAAGGAUUAGAGGUGGAGGAACAUCCACUAGGUUAUGGCAUAGACGUUUAGGACACAUUUCAAAAGAAAGAAUGAAAAUUCUUGUUAAGGAACAAAUUAUGCCAUCACUGACCUUCGGUGAUGACGGAAUUUGUAUUGAAUGUGACAAAGGAAAACUCACUAAGACUAAGAAGAAAGGUGCAACUCGCAAUAGUGAUCUUUUACAGAUCAUCCACACAGAUAUUUGUGGACCAUUCCCUCAUCAAACAAUUGAUGAUCACUCUCAAAGGCAACUUGAGAAGAAGAUCAAAAUUGUGAGGACAAACAGAAGGGUUGUUCAAUACACAAUGCCAGGAACUUCACAACAGAAUGGUGUGGUUGAGAGAAAAAAUCGAACUUUGAAGGACAUGUUUAUAGAGGACGAGGAGAAUGCAACUAGGAAUGAAGAUUUUAUUUUGAAGAAGAAGUUUGAAGAACCAGUUGAUCAACAAGAACAAGCUGUCAAUAAUCCUGAGCUAGAUAAUCCACAAGAACUAGUGCAACUGAGGAGAUCUGACAGACGAAGAAUAUUCACAAAAAAUUCAGAUUACAUGUGCAGAUUUGACAUUGGAGAUGAGGCUGAUCCAACAAAUUUUAAAGAAGCUAUAGAGAGUCAGAAUGCAGACAAAUGGAGGGAUUCGAUAUCCUCGAAAUGGGCAUUUAAAGCAAAGAAGGAUAAGGAUGGAAGAAUCGAAAGAUUUAAGGCUAGAUUGGUAGCAAAAGGAUUCAUCCAAAAGGAGGCAAUUGACUACAUUGAGACGUUUUCUCUAGUUUCCACUAAAGAUUCUUUCCGCAUCAUUAUGGCUUUGGAGGGAAAAGAGCACAUGGUUUACAAACUUGGUAAGGCAAUUUAUGGACUAAAGCAAGCAAACAGGAGUUUUGAAGAGAACAUAGCCGAUCAAUGCAUUUAUCUGAAGAAGUGUGGGAGCCGAUUUAUUUUUCUGGUGCUGUAUAUUGACGAUAUACUUUUGGCUACAGAUAACGACAACUUACUGAAAGACACUAAGGAGCUACUUUCAAACAAUUUUGAGAUGAAGGAUUUGGGAGAAGCCUCUUUUGUGUUAGGCAUUGAAAUUCAGAGAGAUCGAGCUCGAAGCCUCCUAGGCCUGUCACAGAAAACAUACAUUGAAAGGAUACUCAAGCGUUUUGACAUGAGAAUGUGUUAUGGAUAG